AUGGGUGACAACAGUUCAGUGGAUGUCCUUGGACUUAUAACAACAGGCCAGACCAAAUCCAACUGCAUUAUGAACAUCAAUAGUUAUAGUAAUAUAAACCUCAAGUCUGAGCUUUUCAUGGAUUCAUGUAUCAUGAAUACUAUAAAGCUUGGAAAUGAAGAUGUAAAAUUGAGGGAGAAAUUUGGUGUAUAG